ACGCACUGGGAUCGCUGGCACUCUCCCAGUCAGGAGACCAGAACUGUGCUGGAUAUGCUGGAUAUUGAACCCAAGGCGGUGGAUGAGGAGUCAGGACCAGAAUUGGGUUUGAACAUGGAGUCUGUUCACAGAUUACUCAAAGAGACUCUCUGCUGCUUCAGAGGAAAAUGGGGAGAGUGCAAUGUUUCAGGAAAAUAACUUGUUUUUUCGUACAUCUGGAUCGAGUGGAAAUAUAUUUUUUAAAUAAGUUCAGCGGUUUAUUUUAGCUGGAGACUACACUGGCUUAGAGAUGACUGGAGCUCUGCACACUGGACUCAUGCUUUUCUCUUUUGUGGUGGUAUGUGAGAGUGAGCCGACACAUGCUGGGCCAGACAGAGCUGGGGAUUUACACGAACAAUCCAAACUGCUCCUCCUAACUUCUAACUGGGCUUUCCACCUGGUCAAUGAAUCACUGGACUUCUCGGGGGCAGACAGAUUCUGCAGGGGCCAGUUCAGCUCCCUUGUGCCUGUGGAGCAGUCAGAGGACAGAGGGGGGGUCUUGGAGCUGCUUCAGCAGGCCGCACAUCGCUCGCCUGUCUGGGUCAGAGAUCCUGCCAAGGCAGCCUCCAAGCCUCUGGCCCUCUCCAAACAGUAUUUACAGUUCCCAGCUCUAAACUUCCCAAGAGAUUCUCGUGAGGGCUUUGCUCGUGUCAACAUGUCCUUUCCCGCCCUGUCCUCCAUCAGUGUGUGUGUUCGAGUUCAGUGGAACCCAGAGUGGAAUGAGGUGUCCACUAUCUUCUCCUAUGCUGCACCUGUGUUCACCAAUGAGUUCCAGCUGAGAGGCCAAGUGGACAUGCAGGGACGCAUCCUUCUGGCUCUCAUCAUCCACGGGAAGCACCUGCCAUAUAAGGCAUCCUUCCCCAACGACGGAAAUUGGCAUCACAUCUGUGUCACAUGGCGCCUUAGCAACGGCCACUGGGCUAUCUAUGUAGAUGGGGACAAGAAGGACAUGGGCUCAGGCUCAGACACCUCCAGGAACAUCUAUGGUGAUGGAAUACUUAUUCUGGGUCAGGAUCAAGAUUCAUUUGGUGGGAAUUUCACAGAGCCUUUUUUUGGAAAUAUCACUGACCUGAAUGUUUGGAAUAUGUCUCUGGAAACAAGGCAUGUCCGUGCCCUCAGCGCAUGUUCCUCCAAAACCCAGGAACUGCUUUUUAGUUGGAAUCUUGAGCACGUAAGCAGCCACCCAGUGGUGAGCGAGGUACAGGCCCUUCUGUUUUGCCCAGCAGUCCACCAGCAGAUGGAGCUGCAGGGCUGCAGGACCCUGCAGGGCGGCUCAGAUCAGCCCCCCCUCCUCGGCCUGACAGACUGCUCUGAUCCACUGCCAUUCAUCUGCCGGAGCAGCAGAGAGCGCUUCCUGAAGAUGAAGCAGAUCAGUGACUCUCAGACCUCGCAGCCCACAGCCUUCAUGAACCAGCUGAUGAAGCUGUCCAACCACAGCCAGGCAGUGCUGGGGCAGCAGCCGUCGGGGCGGGGCAGCCUGUCUCAGGUGUCCGCCCUACUGGAGGUCUCUGUGCAGGCCCUGCAGGACACGCAGCAGGAGGGACUGCAGCCGGCGGACAUGGUGUCCCUCAUCCAGCUGCUGUCUCUGGCUGCUGACGUCCCCACACAGCCCCCCACCAAGGAGACCUCCAUCCAGGAGCUCAGCCAGCACUUCAUCAGCGUGGCGGACAGCAUCAUCAGCGCAGACAACGCCCUCAAGUGGCAGGCCAUCAAAGAGGUGGUGAACGGACCCAUGGAUGUGGUCAACACCAUUGACCAGAUGGUGACCAGCCUGAGUGCCAGCUUAAUGGCAGAGACUGAUCACAUGACCAUUCUCAGACCCAACAUCAAGCUGGAGGUGCAGCAGCAGUGGCUGCAGGGGGGGUCCAGAGGGUCCUCAGAGUCCAGAGGGUCCAGCUUCUGUGGGCCCGAGACAGAGAGACUCACCAACCUGGACUGUAUUUCAGUUCCAAAUCAGAAAAUACAGGAUCUCCAUAACAACGGCUUCCAUAAGCUCACGUUGGUCAACACGUGGUACGGCUCUCUGCGGCCGCUAUUCAAUCGUGAGGAGAACAUCACCAUGGUUCCUACGGUCACUGACGGCAGCCAGAGGUAUUUGGGCACCGUGCUGGGCUCCUCGGUCAUAUCCACCACAGUGCUGGGAGACGACCAGCCGCUCAGCACAGCCGUUCACUUCCAGCUCCAGCACAGAGUUCAGAAUCCCACUGGUACUGUGUAUGAUCCAGUGUGUGCCUUCUGGGAUUUUGAUCUCAAUCCUGAAGCCGGUGGGUGGUGGAAUACCAAAGGCUGUGAUGUCGUGUCCAAACAUUAUGGAUACACCGUGUGCUACUGCAACCACACCACCAACUUUGCAUUGCUGUUGCAGGUUUAUGAAGCCCAGAGGAGCCCGGAGAAUGAAAAAGCUCUGCAGGUGCUGACGUUCAUUGGCUGUGGAGUGUCUCUGUGUGGCCUCCUCUUCACCUUCAUCCUCUUCAUCGCUGUGGGUGUCCCUAAAUCAGACCGUACCACCGUCCAUAAGAACCUGAUAGUGGCUCUGAGCGUGGCUGAGCUGCUGCUGAUGUGCAGUGACUGGGCGUCUGCCAAUGAGGCAGCGUGCUUCAUGGUCACCGCCCUGCUCCACCUCUUCUUCAUGGCCUCCUUCUCCUGGAUGCUGGUGGAAGGUCUGCUGCUCUGGAGCAAAGUGGUGUCGGUAAACAUCAGUGAAGACCGCAGGAUGAAGCUCUACUACAUCAUUGGCUGGGGACUACCUGUUCUCAUAGUUGGUGUCACACUGGCCGUAUCAGUGGAUGAGUACAAGGCAGAGGACCACUGCUGGCUCAACGUGAAGACUGACACCAUCUGGGCCUUCGUGGGACCGGUUAUAUUUGUCUUGGCGGUCAAUGCAGUUGUGCUGUGUCGGGUUGUCAUGGUGACCGUUUCCAGCGCUCGUCGUCGUGCUAAGAUGCUCAGUCCAAGCUCGGCAUCAAAGAUGCAGACCUUUGACCUCACCUGGGCUGUGACCCGUCCCGUCCUCAUCCUGCUGCCGGUGCUGGGUCUGACCUGGCUGUGUGGAGUUCUGGUCCACCUGUCCGUAGUGGUGGCCUACGUCUUCAUCGCUCUCAAUGCCCUCCAGGGCCUGUACAUCUUCUUAGUGUAUGCUGUUUACAACACUGAGGUGAGGAAUGCCAUAAAGAGGAUCAAAGAGAAGAGGAAGGCCUUAUCUUUCACGAACUGUUCCCAGCCCACCAGCUUCUUACCUUCUCAGAGGGCCCCGAUCACCUCCUGGGGCCGCAGUCCCCCGACUCCCUCCAGCCCAGACACUAGUGAGACCUCCGGACCCCCCAGUUCCACCUCCACGUCAUUGGUCAUCAAGAACGAGAGCUUCAGGAAGGAAAGCUUUGUGAGUUUCUCUUUAAACCCAGCAUCAGGAAACCAAGUGGUCCAGCUGACAGGGUACAAGCCAUCAGGUUGUUGAACUGCAAAUGGACUGGAUCCUGAUACAAGCUGAAAGAAUGGACACACACACACACAGUUCCCACCUGAAGAUGUGCACUGCCGCCACAAACACACACUGCUAAGAAGGAGAGUGAAAUAAAAUAAGGAAGGAAAGAUGAAGAAGUGAAUUCUUCUUCUUACAUUGUCACUGCUCUGUUCCCAGAUCAGAUCCAUGUUCCCUUAUUUUGGGUUAGGUAUCUGACUGUCUGCCAGGGGGUCCUCAGCUCUGCAGGAACUCCCUGACGUCUUCAGUAGAGCAGUGACGUAACUUUUCUCAUUUAAGCAAUACACAUACACUAAGAACAACAACUCUGUCUAAGAAUGAUCAUGUUUAUCACCAGUUUUCUGAAUCUCAGCAUGUGAGCUGAUCUCUUCAAAGUACAACAGCUCAACCAAAUAACACAUAUGUGUUAUUCGCUGAGGUUAUUUUAAAAUAGCUAAUUCAUGAACAAAUAUAAAAAUACUUUGAUUUCUGAUAAUGAAUUGGUAAAUCACCAAGAAAACAAACCUUUGCGAAUGAUUUAUCUGAACAUCUCUGAGAUUAAAUUCUCCAAAUAAAAGGAAUAAUCUUUAAAAGUACUGCUCAAGCUGAUGAGAUGGAUCUAACCUUGUAUAAUCAAUCCUUUUGGUUUCUUUACAAAACAUGUCAUGGAGAAUGUGGAGACAUUUCUCGGAAAUAUAUUACUUUAUAAACUCAGAAAAUGUUUUGUUCUUGGAAAUCAGAUCAUUUCCAAGAACAAACUCCAACAAGAUCAUUUUUACUCAACAUAUAGCCCCUCUCAAUUUAGAUAAUACAUGUUAUUGAUGAUCUCUUUGAGGUUAAAACAUUAUUCCUGAAGUGACAAUUGCCAUCCCUUUAAUUUCCCAAAAACAACACGGCUCAUUAAGAUCACACUAAGAAUGAUCUUAAUGAGCCAGCCCUUAUGUGUGACAAAUAUUAGCGCUGGGCUUCCUUCUCACUGGCUUUGUGUUUCAUGUAAAUACAUCUACAGCUAGCAGUAAAUCCAGCUGAGCACAAAGAACUCAGACAUGUGGCUCCAAAUAUGAAAAAAUAAUUUGUUUCAUGACGUGUUGUCUAACAGUUUCAAAACAUUUUCGAUGUGGACGACUACGUUUGGUUAACCUCCCUGUACACUGUGUUUACUGUCUCCCUGUUGUGAUUGGAUGGUUCUGUAAAGUACUGAAUGAGACUGUGCAUGCAGCUGAGCGUGGAGCUGUGGCAGAAACACAUCCCACAGAUAUUCUGAAGAGACAGGGAGCACAGGUCUCUUACUUUAAACACUCUCUAAAACAUUAGAUACUGCAGAUGUGUUUCUCCAUUGUUCCCUCUGACUGACAGCAGGAUGCACUGUGAGUGAAAGGCUGGCCUGUCACACAUUGCUGAGUGUGUGAGAGCGCACCUGAGGUGUGUGUGACUCUGCUGGGCUUAGUCAGCCUUACGGGCUGUUCUGAAGGUCAAAAUUGUGAUCUCACUCGUGCUCAGUAGUGAUGUUUUUAGGUGAAAAAACAUAGCAGGACUGUAACAGUUUCACAGUUCAACACUGGUGAUAAUCUGACUGGAAACACACUGUGUGUUGCCCUCUGUCUGCUCAGUGGCAUGUGUGUGUGCUGGCAGAUUAGCUGUCUGAUCUACAGGUGCUGUCCUGUGGCCUCAAGUCUGGUAAUCCUGUCCGUGACCAGGUUCUAUUUCCCUCUGAAUAACACACGACAACAAAUAAAAGCCUUUUUCUGACGAGCUAGAAGUUAGACAUUUUAUCAUGGAGAACCACUCUCUGUAAUGUUAGGUUAAGGUUUUCCACAAUAACAGGUGGGCUCCAUUUUUUGCUCAGAAGGCAGACUUUCCCAUCUAUAAGAAGAUAAUCAACAUUGUUUAAGGUGUCUGCAAUUACUUCUUCUUUAAAAUAAGCAUCAAUAUUUAGCAGAUAGCCAAUCAAAUAUCAGAGCUGCAAAACGGAAUUGGCCCGACUUGGAAUUAAAUUGGGGCCAUCCACUUUCACCACCAAACUUAAUCCACAGGUUCUACAUGUAGACAUGCUGAAGAUGGACAAUGGAGGAACAAAUCUAUUUUGUUCCACAAUGAAAUGCUAUCACUCUUUUUAAAUGAUAGAUGUGUUUCUAAGACUGAUGUUGGAUGUUUCAAAUGAAACUGAUGUGAAUAAUGGCUCUCUGAUGUUAAUAGUUCAGACAAGGCUGAAUAACAGCCACACUAUGACAGCUGUAAUUCAUGUUGUAUAUAUGAGCUCUGUAUCAUUUGUGCACAACUGAUGAAUGUUGUGUAAUUAUAGUCGACACACGUGGAGCUUACUUCACUGGAAUUUAUUGGUUUAGUGCUAUUACAAUAAAAUAUAUUUAAAGAAACAAACGUUUUGGUCACUUUCUCUUUUGGGAGAAAAAAACACUUCAGUUAAAGACGGGACUUUCAACUCACAGGUAAAUAAAAUGUGAACAAGAGCCAAAACAAAGGCAAUAUCAAGAGAAUCACUUCCACAUGGCAGCGAUCUGACCUCAACGUAAAGCGUAGAACUCUUUCGUUUGAAAUGUAUCUUCAUCUUGCAGUAGAUAUUCACUUCACAACAUAAAUAUACUGUACAUAAUGAUAACACAGAGCUAUCUCAACUGGAAAACCAAGGUGUGUGUAUGCUUUCAGGCAGACAUUCAGUUAAGGCAGGCGGAGUGAUUGUCUACGAUACCUGGAGAUGGACCAACGAGGAAUGGUUUUAAAUGUCGAGCUGCACAAUAUCACAAACAUCUUGAGACCGAGUCUUUGGUCUUCAAACAGGUAUCAUCGCUGAGAGGCAUGUGCUUUAAAAAGAGUGUGAGACUUUUCAGUUCGGUUAAGUCCCUGUCACACUGUCCCGGAAUUGACACCAGAUGGACACACGGAUAUGGAAUUGUGAAUUUCGCACGAAGAUGGCCCCGAAGUUGGUCAACAGCCAAGCAACAGCCGGAGCAAGUACGAUGCCUACAGAAGGCCACGCGAUGGCACCCGAACCACAC